AACCGCGUGGAGGCGCAAGAAAGGCUGGAACCGGAGAGGGUGGGGUCCGCGGACUGUUGGCUGCCAGGCUGGAAAUCCGCCCCGGGCCCUAGAGGUUGCGGGAGAGAUCUGUGGACGGGGUGAACCUGUCUGCAGGUCCGGGGAUGGAACCGCACAGCUUAGGGUUCCCACAUCAGGGCUGGAAGGAGCCCACGAGUUACCCAGGGAUCUGUGGGAACUGCCCCGUGACUGUUGGAGAAGAUGCCGUACCUUGGCUCGGAGGAUGUGGUGAAGGAGCUGAAGAAGGCUCUGUGUAACCCUCACAUUCAGGCUGAUAGGCUGCGCUAUCGGAAUGUCAUCCAGCGCGUGAUUAGGCACAUGACUCAGGGCUUGGACAUGUCUGGUGUUUUCAUGGAAAUGGUGAAAGCCAGUGCCACUGUAGAUAUUGUUCAGAAGAAGUUGGUUUAUCUGUACAUGUGUGCCUAUGCCCCCCUGAAACCAGAUCUGGCUCUCCUGGCCAUCAAUACCCUGUGCAAAGACUGUUCGGACCCCAACCCAAUGGUGCGAGGGCUGGCGCUACGGAGCAUGUGUAGCCUCAGGAUGCCUGGCGUGCAGGAAUAUAUCCAACAGCCUAUUCUCAAUGGUCUGCGGGAUAAGGCUUCAUAUGUCAGAAGAGUCGCAGUGCUUGGUUGUGCCAAGAUGCAUAAUCUUCAAGGAGACUCUGAAGUGGAUGGUGCCCUAGUAAAUGAAUUAUAUAGUUUGCUGCGUGACCAGGAUCCAAUUGUGGUUGUGAACUGCCUGAGGUCUCUCGAGGAAAUCCUGAAGCAGGAAGGAGGUGUUGUCAUCAAUAAGCCCAUCGCCCACCAUCUCUUAAAUCGAAUGCCAAAACUGGACCAGUGGGGCCAGGCCGAAGUAUUGAACUUUUUGCUUCGCUACCAGCCCCGCAGUGAGGAGGAGCUGUUUGACAUUCUCAAUCUGUUGGACAGUUUUCUCAAGAGCAGCAGCCCAGGUGUGGUGAUGGGAGCCACCAAACUCUUUCUGAUCUUGGCAAAAAAAUUCCCCCAUGUGCAAACUGACGUGCUCGUGCAAGUCAAGGGACCUCUGCUGGCUGCCUGUUCUUCAGAGAGCCGUGAGCUCUGCUUUGCUGCCCUCUGUCACGUGCGCCAGAUCCUGCACAGUUUGCCGGGUCACUUUAGCAGCCACUACAAGAAGUUUUUCUGCUCCUACUCGGAGCCCCACUACAUCAAGCUGCAGAAGGUGGAGGUGCUAUGUGAGCUGGUGAACGACGAGAACGUGCAGCAGGUGCUGGAGGAGCUCCGGGGGUACUGCACUGACGUGUCCGCUGAUUUCGCGCAGGCUGCCAUCCUUGCCAUAGGUGGCAUUGCCAGGACCUACACUGAUCAAUGUGUGCAGAUUUUAACAGAGCUGCUGGGGCUUCGGCAGGAGCAUAUUACCACAGAGGCACUAAUCCUGUGCUCUUGUAUCCUGAGCUGUGUUGUAGUGGUGGUGCAAACUUUCCGAGACCUGGUCUGGCUGUGCCCUCAGUGUACGGAAGCUGUGUGUCAGGCCCUGCCCGGCUGUGAAGAAAACAUUCAAGACAGCGAGGGGAAGCAGGCGCUUAUUUGGCUGCUCGGCGUCCAUGGGGAAAGAAUCCCCAAUGCUCCUUAUGUGUUGGAAGACUUUGUAGAGAACGUGAAGUCGGAGGCGUUCCCAGCUGUCAAGAUGGAGCUGCUCACUGCUCUGCUGCGCCUUUUCCUCUCACGGCCCGCCGAGUGCCAGGACAUGCUGGGGCGCUUGUUAUAUUACUGCAUAGAGGAAGAGAAGGACAUGGCAGUACGGGACCGAGGUCUCUUCUAUUAUCGCCUCCUCUUAUCUGGCAUUGAUGAAGUGAAGCGGAUCCUAUGUAGCCCUAAGUCUGACCCUUCUCUCGGACUCUUGGAGGAUCAGGCAGAAAGACCUGUGAACAGCUGGGCCUCAGACUUCAACACACUGGUGCCAGUAUAUGGCAAAGCCCGCUGGGCAACCAUCUCUAAAUGCCAUGGGGUAGAACGUCAUGGCCCAGAGCUUCCUAACGCCACAUCCUUUGCUACAGCAGGACCCCUGAUUCCGGAAGAGAACAAGGAGAGCGGGCAAGAACUCCCUGAUUCCGGAGCCCUCACGCUAGUCCCCAAUCACCAGCUCACUGCCGAGUGUUUUGAGAAAACAUGGCUGAGCCUCCAGGUUGCCCAUCAGCAGGUGUUCCCGUGGCAGGGAGUGGUCCAUCCCGACACCCUCCAGAUGGCCCUGCAAGUCGUGAACAUCCAGACCAUCGCCAUGAGCAGGGCUGGGGCGCAGCCGUGGAAAGCCUACCUCAGUGCUCGGGAUGACCGAGGCUGUCUGUUCCUCACAGAGCUGCUGUGGGAGCCCGAGACCUUGCAGAUCUCUGUGAAACAAAACGAGCCGAGGACGGAGGCACUGAACAGUUUUGUUUCUGUGUUAGCAACUGUGAUUGGCACGAUUGGAGACUUAAAAUCCUAACAGCUUCUUCCCUGUCCUGAUGAAAUGAGUAGCUGUCAGAGUUCCUUGGUUUUUCUUAUUAUAGCUGCUUGUAAGUCCAGGUAAUAUCAAAAACGCCAAGGCGAGUGGGAAUCUGGGGAGUAGGAUUCUUAGGUUUUUGUCCAAAGGCCGUUGACCUAUUCUUCUCAUAGCUGUUGGCGGGUGGCUCCAUUUUUCCAGGUGAUGUUGUAAAGGUUAAGGUUGUUGGUAAGGGGGUGGGAACAUCCCACACUGAGGGAUGUGUGGAAGAUUCCUAAGAGGGAUGGAAAAAAAGAAUUUGGAUUCUUUCCUAAUCAGUUCAGGGGACAGUUUUACUAAUUAAAGAGACCUGGAAACUGA